GGUGUGUGCAUGCUGGUCAAACCAAACCGAUAGCUGUGGUGAUUAUUUCUCCAAAUAUUUAAGUCGGCGUUCCAGCCCCGCUUCAUUAUGGCAGCUUCAACAGUUCCAAUAGAGCUACAGAGAUGUCUUGCUGGUGUACAUGGGAGUGAAGAUGCAUUAACAAACACUGUCAUUGUCAUUAUUGACAGUGCACAAUAUGCAUUGUAGCUGCUGAUCUACUCUCCGGAGCAGAAGGUGGCGGUAAUAGGCUGGAUGCCAGCCGCCGUUAAGCAAGAAGAAGUGGUAGAAGAAGAAUGGAAGCUGCUGUUAAAACCCAAAGAAGAAGAAUAAGCCUACGGAUAGGAGCCUCAAUAGCCUCUUCUACGGAGUUCUUCAAUUUCUUUACUGUUCCCCGGUUAGCUGUCACCUCCAAAAUGUCUACCACCCAGUUACUGAGAGUGUACGUCAACCAGCGCCUGACUGUGGCUGUUGAGGAAAUACUCGAGAUGUUUGGAAGAACAAUAAACGAGUACGAGGAGGAAAUCCAUCGCCAACGCAGGCUGCUGGGAGCUGAACAGUUGCCCGCCACCAAAAUAAUGUUAAACAACGAAUCAGGUGUCUCUCGGGAAAUCCAGCCGCUGAUUGUCAAUACAAAGCUUCCCCCUGAACAGCAGGAGUUGAGCCCUAGUCUGCAUACGGAGCCCCCGCAGCCCCCAUGCAUUAAAGAGGAGCCAGAGGAGGUGUGGAUCAGACAGGGGAUUCAAGGGCUAGAGGGGGAUAUCCCUCCUGUCUCUGUGAAGAGUGAAGAUGAUGAAGAGAAACCUCAGUUCUCACUGCUUCAUCAAAGACAAAGUGAGGAGCACAGAGAGGCAGCUCAGCAGACAGAAGCCGGAGCGUGUGGAGAGAACUGUGGAGGAUCAGAACCAGCCUUUGACUUGGACGUAGACGGUUUUUUAAAAGCAACCAGGGAUGGUCAGUUUUUCCUUUCACAGUGUUUUAAAACAGAGACUGAAGACUUAGACGGUGACUGGAACCAAAUGACUGAAUCUCAGCCGUUUUCAGACUCACUGAAAGACAAUGAAGCUUAUAAAAGAUCUGACAAUCAGAAAACACUCCAUAAAUGCCCAGCGUGUGGCAAAACAUUUAAGCACAACACCGCUCUGCAGAGACACAUCACAUGCCACACAGGAGAGAGGCCAUUCGACUGUGCUGAGUGUGGAAAGACAUUUAGACAAAAGGGAAGUUUGCACAUACACAUGAGAAAACACACCGGAGAGAAGCCUUUUUGUUGCUUGGUGUGUGGUAAAAACUUCACCCAGAGCGGAACAUUAGCUGCACACAUGAGAAUUCAUACUGGAGAGAAGCCUUUCAGCUGCUCCGUGUGUAAGAAAAGGUACAAUGAAAGAGGGACACUAGUCAGACACAUGAGAGUCCACACGGGAGAGAAACCCUUUACUUGCUCACUUUGCGGUAAAAGAUUUAGUGAAAAAGGAAAUCUGAAUAAGCACAAGAGAGUCCACACAGGGGAGAAACCAUUCAGUUGUAGUGUAUGUGAUAAAAAAUUUAGUUUGCUGUCACAUCUCAAAAUCCACAAGUGUCCUGGUGAAACUUUAGAGAAGGCGCUUCAGUUAGAAUGUCCAACAGUUAGCACACGAUGAAGUGCACAGGAAAGUUGUCUCUUCACUUUUCUCUGGUGUUAAAUAGUCCAAGGAAACAAUCAGCAGACUAAUUUAUAAUAACAAUAACCAUCUGCUGAGGCUUAAGUGUGAUUCAGAAUUAUUUAACUUAACUGCGUAUUGUAAAAAUACUUUAAGAUCCAGCCAACUGGGAACAGGAGUCAGAAGGGAACAUGCUAUUGAAACCACACUCGGAUUUCCAUGUUUGGCCCCAGAGUCAAGUUCGAAGGUUGACAUCCAUUGUGUGUCCAGUACACAGAUGGGUCUGGGAUGUUGUCGGCACACUUGUGCACAAAGACUGGCGGCACGGGGAAAUUGCCAGCCAAGCAUAAUCAGAAGUUAAACAAUACUUCACCUUCUACCAGUUCAAAACCUUUCUUAAAUAUGUGUGUCUUGUUUAGAGAGAACGGUCAACACCAGAACCUGACCAAUGCAUCCUGGGUUGAUGUUUGCUCACUUAUUGCAGGUAUGUUGUGUAUAAAUAUAAAUGUCAAUAAGGUACAAGAAAAUCUAGCACAUGCACUAUAUGGACAAAAGUAUUGGGCCGCUCGUCUUAAUCAUUGAAUUCAGGUGUUUCAUUCAGUCCCAUUGCCACAGGUGUAUAACAUCAAGCACCACCAUGCAGCCUUCACAAACGUGUGAAAGAAUGGUUCACUCUAAAGAGCUCACUGAAUUCUAACGUGGUUCUGUAAUAGGAUGCAGCGUUGCAACAAGUCAGUUGGUGAAAGCUCUUCUCUCCUAGAUAUUCCACGAUUCCACUGUAAGUGGUAUUAUUGCAAAGUGGAAACAUUUAGGAACCACAACAACUCAGCCACAAAGUGGCAGACCACGUAAAGUUAGAGCGGGUCGCCGAAGGCUGAGGCGCAGAGUGCGUACAAGCAUUAAUAUCAGCACCAAAACUGUGCGCCGGGAGCUUCAUGCAAGCCUUACAUCACUAAGCACAAUGCCAAGUGCCACUGGACUCUGGAGCAGUGGAAACAUGUUCUGUAGAGUGACGAAUCACGCUCCUCUAUCUGGCAGUCUGAUGGACGAGGCUGGGUUUGGUGAAUGCCAGAAGAACAUUACCUGCCUGACUGAAGGUUGGUGGAGGAGGGUUAAUGCUACGUGGUUGUUUCUCUGGGGUUGGCCGACGCCCUUUAGUUACAGUGAAGGGAAUUAACAUCUUAAGUCAUUUUGGAUAACUCUAUGCUUCCAACUUUGUGGAAACCAGUUUGGGGAAGAACCUUCUCUGUUGCAGCAUGACUGCCCCAGUGCACAAAGCAAGGUCUACAAAUGCAUGGUGUGAUGAGUUUGGUGUGGAAGAACUUGACAGGCCUGCACAGAGCUCUGACAUCAACCCCAUUGAACCUUUGGGAUGAACAGAGAUUGCGAGCCGGGCCCUCUCGUCCAACAUCAGUGUCUGACCUCACUAAUGCUCUUCUGGAUGAACGGGACACACUCCAACAUGUUGUAGAAAGCCUUCCAGAAGAGUGGAAGAUGUUAUAGCUGGAGGACCAACUUCAUAUUAAAGCCUGUGAAUUUGGAAUGUAAUGUCAUAAAAGCUCCUGUAGGUGUAAUGUGGAGGUGGCCCAAUACUUGUCCAUAUAGUGUAUGUGUCAAAGAUAUGCGGUGUCUGUUGCAUAGUUAGGGUUAAAAUAAAUGUUCUACCUACGGCAUUCAGAGCAAUUAUAUAGCAAUAAACAACUAUUUGCUGUGUAAAGAUGCAGUGGAUCAAAGAUAAAGAUAAGGAUCAAAGUGUGUGUUGUAAUCAGUUUCUCUGCCCUGUUUUUAUAGCCGGUCUGGCCACGUGUCGAUGUUGGUGCAUGUGAGUCCCUUGUGGCUGGCUAAUGGCCGCUCUGCACUGCGCUCAUACGGUGGUUGCCGCUGAUAGCGCUGACCUGACACGCAGUGUUGUCAUGGAACCCUCGCGGCCCCCCUCUGGUUCCCCCUCUGGUUCCCCCUCUGGUUCCCCCUCAGGUUAACACUUUGCUCUUGUCAGCAUUGCUGCCGUAGUUUGCACUGUUUUUGCUGUAACUGUAGUGCCGUUAGCUGCCGGCUCAGCCAUCGCCAUGUUGACAUCUGUGUUUUAAAUUAUAUAUUAUUAUGAAAAAAUAACAUUAAAAUGUAUCGUUGAAGCUAUAAUGACACAGAAUCCAAUAAUGCAUUUGAUGUUAUUAGAGAGCAAUGCUUCCUGGUUUAUAAUAUCCAAUAGUGCUCUCUUGUAGCUCACAUGCUGUAUUUUAAGCUUCUUGCUGGAUAUUCAUCCAUAGACUGGCAUUAAUUAAAAAUAUAGGGAAAUAGUUGGUCAGAUUAUUACAAUUAUUUAAACAUGUUCGCAGCAUUUAUGUGCAUAGUCUUGAUUGACAUGUUGGGAAAUAGGCUUUUACGUCCGUAAAUGAAGCUCCCGCCUGCUUCCGCAUAGCAUAAUGGUAACUUCCUGAAGUCUCUGCUUGUUGCCUGGCAACAGUGAUAGGUCUGACUCAUACAAGUUAUUGCGCUCGGCAAAAAAGUGAAGCAUAUACUGAUCUAUAAAGCCUCAGCUUGUCAUUUUUAACUUCAGUUUGUGUAGUGAUUAGUGAGCUUCAGAGGCGCUGCUGGAAGGAUUGUUAUCGGUGCACUCGGGCUGCUCAAAGUGUCAAUCAUCUGUGUCAUCAGUCAACAAGCAGCUGAGCUGAACUACCUUUUUUCAGUGAAAUUACUUUACGUCAAAAUAAACAAUGAACACUGAGAAAUGCAGGACGACAGCAGAGCAGACUAUACACGUUUGUAAGUCAUGGUCAUAUGAGCUGAAACAGAAGAUGGACAGCUCUCAGGUGUAUUACUCUUUCUACAGGAAGCAACACUUGGUACAGAGUGUACACCUUAGGUGGACGUGUGUUUCGAAUGCUAUCCACACAUCUCACACUCUUCUUAUAGAUUAAGCAAAUAUGUCGAAAUAGUCUCAUGUAAAUAAUAAUAAAUGAUAUUAUUCCCUUCAUUGUGGAAUCUAAAGAUUAUUCAAAAUGAUCGCGUUCAGCUGAAAUAAUUGAGAUCAGGCAUCUUUUGUUGAAGAAAGGUGUUUAGACAAAAUGUCAACAAUCAGCAGCCAUGUUGAAAGUGAAGCACAUGUGUGAUUCCCAUUCAACAGAGCUGCAGUUUUGAUGUAAAUGUAGAUUUGACCUGUAAUGACCCUGUGCUGACUCACCGUGUCAGUCAGGGCAGCAGGCCCACGUACCUCCCAAUAUGCUCCAGUUGUUGGGAUGUAGAGAAGUAACAGAGUAUGUUCUGCUUGUUGUUCCUUUACCUGCAUGCAAAUCCAAAAAGACAUGCAAAUAUAUGAAUCUUUUAGUAAUAUUACGCAAUGUUUCAUAGAUUAAAACCCCAACGUGUGACGAGUAAUGUUCAGUUACAUGAAUCUAAGAUUAAAUAGUUGUUUGAUAGGAAUACGUUUUAAUAGUUUCCAUGAGUCCUGUAGACAAUUUGAGUAUAUGUAUAUAGAUGGUUGCAGUAUAAUAAUGAAUAAUAUUGGUAUUUGAUUUUAAACCUUUUUAAAUGGACCCAUAGUUCAGUGAAGUUCUAGCUCAUUUGAAAAAAAAGACAUUUGAAAAAGGUCCAGUAGGUGGCGAUAUUUCCUUCAAAUUGAACACUGGGAUCUGCAGUAUGAGCUACAAUCCCCAUGGCUCUCUGUCACUGAAGUAUUAGUAAUGGUUAAAGGUUGGGUCCAAGUGUUGUCACAAUACAAACAUAUUUCCUAACAUCUAUUUGUGGGCAAAUGGACAAAACAAGGUGAGUUCCAUAUGUUCAACUGACUGACUGAAUAUUUGAUAGAAUUGUAGCAAAUGUGUCUGGAUUUGGCCUUAUGGACAUUGGUAACAUAACUUUGUCAACAGAAGUCACAUGUGCAGAGUGUUUCACUGGAGUGCUGGACGUUGACCUGCAGCUGUAUUUAACAUAGAGAAUUUAACAUACAUCAUUGUACAUCACUGCAUUAAAACCUUUGUGUCAUUCUAUUGCAAUUGAAUUAGGUGUAAUUGUAACAAUCAACAACAACACUAAUUAUGAUAAUGACAAAAUAGCAGUGUAUUAUGAAUUACACAGACAUUUAGUCAGACAUGCUUCAGAGAUUACACACAAACACAAGUCCAUCCAGAGUAGGACAAACUGAAAACUGUUCUCAUGGCUAUAGCGUUAGCCACUCAUCAGGGAUAUUGGUCAGCACACUUUCAACAAUUCGUUCUAGGAAGGAACAGUUACCCAGAUAGAUUCAGGUCCAGAUAUUUGAAUGUGCACUCCACCAAGUGGACUGAAUCAUGUGGCAUCAUGACAUAAAGCAGUGGUGUGUCAGUUGAAGAACAAUCAAUCAAAUCCGGGGGAAUAACGAAUAGCUAAUCAGUGCCACAGUCGGGACUAACCUCAUUGUCAAGCUUGUCGCCAUGUCUUCUCAAUAUCGCCUCUACUGCAUUUAAAAACCCCACAAAAGCUGUAUGUUGGCAUAGCGACGCAUCACUGUCGACUUAGUGAUUGAUGUUGACUGAGGGAAGACGCAGUAUGUAGCUCUCUAGUGAUUGGUUAGGAGAAAUGUAAUUCCCCUCCUCCUGAGAUGUCCUCACAGACCAUCACAACCCACUGUCCCCUGGACCUUUGUUCAGAAGUAAACGUACAGAUGUAGCCAUUUCUUAUUUUAAGUACCCCAAAAUUAUAAAGGAACAAUAAAUAAAAUCUCAUCAGAAUUAUUAAGUGAUGCAGAUGUCAUAACUUCAUCUUCCCCGAAACGUCUUAUGGACGUACAUACCCUGUAAUAGAAUCGAUACCGAAUGGGUAAAUAAUAACUAGCUACAGGAUAAGUUCUUUGUAAAGGCCCUGACACACAGUGCUGUAUGGCAGAAACGUAUGCUGGCGCAUAUGAAAAUUAGCAUAUACAACGCUUAUGAAUGUAUACAGAGCCUAUUGAUAGCGUAUCACAUACUUAAACAAAAUGUAUUCCUUCGGUGUAUGGCGGAAACGUAUGCCGGUGUUUACAGAAUAUUGUGAAUUUUUUGACAGGGCCUUUAGAUCCUGAAUUUUUACCCCCUCAUUCCAAAACAUCUUGUUCCCCAGAACCUGUAUACAUGUACCGAUAGGUACUAGUACAUUGUUAGUACAAAAGAUUACACUGUAACUAUGAAGUAAUUAUGCUGUAUGUUGCUGACUGUAAUUUAAAGCGCUACCAAACCGAUAUUUAGACUCACAAUACAUACAA